AGAUGCUGCUUAUUUCGUUGCACUCGAAUGUUCCUCAUUACAGCAUCGGCGUGACUCUGCUAGUGGCGGAAGGAUUGUUCCGCCUCCACACGCGCUGCUCGCGACCGCUCCGGUGGUGCACUACGAGCCUCUGCUUCAUCUUAGUGCUGCUCUUUGCUGCACGUACGUGGAACCGGAACGGGGCCUGGGAAUCCAGACAGGCCCUGUUCGAAUCAGGCAUUAGGGACCUUCCGGGAAACGCAAAGAUGCAUUACAAUUACGCCAAUCUGCAGAAGGACGUAGGCAACUCGGACUUGGCCAUCAAACACUACAGGCUGGCAAUCGAGUUGUGGCCAGAUCACGCCAGCGCUCACAAUAACUUGGGCACUGUGCUGACGUCGACAGAAGAAUCUGAGUAUCACUUCCGGUACGCCUUGCACGUGAAUCCAAAUCACCCAGGCGCUCAUUUUAACUUGGCCAAUAUCUACAGCAAGCAAGGCCAGAAAGAGGUUGCAAGAACCCUGCUGGAGCGUGCGGUAGAGUUCGAUCCCGAUUUCUGCGAGGCAUACUCGUCGCUUGCGGCCCUCGUGGCUGAAAGCGGUGACCUUGCCGAAGCCGAGAGGCUGCACAAGAUGGCGUUAAGCAGCGACGACCGAAAUGCAGACGCCCGCAACAACUACGGAACGUUCCUUCAGUCGCACGGCCGUGCUGAAGAGGCCAUGACACAGUACCAACAAGCUCUCGACAUUCAGCAAAACCACACCGUGGCACUCUUGAAUGCAGCUAAAAGCCUGCGGAGCAUGAACCUCAAUAUGCAAGCCGAGAUCCUCUACAAGAGGGCCCUUGCUAUUGAGCCGGAUCCACAGGUUAUGGACAACCUCGCUGUGUUUUACGUCAAUGCUGGUCGCCUGAAUGAAGCAAGGCAGCUGUUUGAAGAAAUUGAUCGGCUCUUCCCGGAACACCGUGAAAGCAAGAUUCACCAUGCUCAACUUUUGAUUCGGCUCCGAAGUUUUCGAGCAGCCGAGGAGCUCCUGCUGGAUGUGGUCGAGCGCAACAGCACUGACAGAGGAGCCUUGCACACGGCUGCCCUUUUAUACAACCACAUCAACCGCACAGUCGAGGCACUGGACUACAUACUGAAGGCUCUGAAACUGUGUGAUGUUGACGACAUGCUUUGUGCAAGAAUACACAGCGAUCACGGUGACAUACUGAAGGACUUGGGCGACCUCAGCUCGUCAGCGCAGAGUUACGAAGUCGCCAUUCGUUUGGAUCCUGACCUCGCUCACGCUCAUCUGAACCUUGCUGUGAUCAGGCACUUGGAGAGCGACUACCCAGGUGCAUUUCGGCACUACCAAGUGGCCCUCUCUCUGGACCCAAAGAACAAGCUCAUCAUAGACAACAUGGCCAAGUUGAGGCGACGAAUUACCAGACCACUGCCUUUCCACGACUGCGUUUAGUGCUGACGCGUCGUUGGAGUGUAUUUACCGUGCCGCAUCUCUGCCUAUAGACACUGACGUUCUGGCGGCACCUCUUCAACUGGAUACACAGUGUACCGCU